AUGAAACCCGAACGAUUACAAUUCAUUAAAACACACGGAUACCUCUCCCAUAAUAAAUCCGGAACCCAACCAACAACAAUCAACGAUAAUGAUUACACAAAAUCACCAUAUUACAUUGAAAUAGCAAUGUACUUAUAUCUGGUAUUACCACAUGAAUAUUCUCAAAUAAUUCACAAUGAACCAAAUAAUAUGUAUCCACCUCAAUGGAUGACAAAGAAACAAAUGGACCAUCAG